AUGGUCGCGCCUACAGUUACCCUCACGCAUUUGAAUCGCGCCGACGGUUCUGCGACAUAUAGCCACAAUGGCUACUCAAUCAUUGGCGCUGUCAAUGGCCCAAUCGAAGUACAACGACGCGAUGAACUGUCCGAGGAAGCAGCGAUUGAAGUGAAUGUCAGACCAGCUAUGGGCGUUGGAAGCCCGAGAGAAAGACAUCUCGAAACCCUCGUUCACAACACACUGCGCAGUAUAAUUCUGACGAGAUCGAUACCGCGGACGCUUGUACAGAUCACACUUCAAGUUAGAAGUUUGCCAGAAGAAGAUCGCACAGCAGGUGUCAACACUUCUUUAACUCUCCUCCCACACCUUCUACACACCGCGCUUCUCGCCCUACUCUCCGCAUCAAUACCCCUCCGCACAGUCCUCACUUCCGUAUUGAUCGCGCAACCCGCCUCACCAUCUACAAACGCCUUCCCACCUCUCCUCUCGCCGACCGCAAAUGAACUCUUACGCGCAAAACCCGUACGAUCCGUGCACGUGUUCGCAUUCUCUGGCGAUAGAAAGAUGCUGCUUGGAGAAAGCGAAGGGAAAUUCAGUUACGAGGAGUGGAAUGAGGCAUGCCAGAUGGCAGAGGAUGCGUGCUGUGGAGAAGAAGACGAAGAGGAGGAGGGUGGUAUAAGGCUAGAAGCCGAAGGCGAGGCUAUGGAUGUGGAUGCGCAGGUUGAAGGAGAGAAUCUGGAGAAGUGGCUGAGGAGCGUUGUGAGGAGGAAGGUCGAAUAUGAGCAGCGGUGGAAGAGCGCUACUUGA